GCCGGCGCGGCUCCCGGCGCCUGAGGCCCCGGGGCGGACCCGCGGGCGGGCGGGAGGCCCGGGCCGGGCAGGAGGAGGCUUCCUGCUCUGAUUGUGUUUCUUUGCAAAAUGAAUAUUGCAUUGUUUCAAAGAGAUUGGACCCUCCAGUAGAAUUUGAAAAGAUCACUGCACAUAAACCAAGAGCUUAUUUUUCUUGAAGACUUCUGUCCAGCUUUUAAAGUUCUAAUCACAAUGAAUUCAGGCUUAUGGAGUCAAGAAAAAGCAAGUUCAUCCUAUUGGGAAGAGAGGAUCUUUUACUUGCUUCUCCAGGAAUGCAGUGUCAUAGACAAGCAGACUCAAAAGCUCUUGAAAGUGCCCAAAGGUAGCAUUGGGCAGUUUUUUCAAGACCGUUCUUCUGUGGCACACUCCAGAAAUAUUCCAUGUAAAGGCAAGAAGCUGCAGAUUGGAUUAAAGAUUCUGGAACAGCCUCAUGCAAUCUUGUUUGUGGAUGAGAAGGAUGUUAUAGAAAUAAAUGAAAAACUAGCUGAGUUGCUUCUGGCUAUUACUAACUGUGAGGAAAGAUACAGUUUGUUUAAGAGCAAAAGCAGGUUAGCUAAAGGAGUGCAGAUAGAUAUUGGCUCUCCUGUCAGAGUGCAGCUGAGGUCAGGGGAUGAGAAAUAUCCUGGAGUCGUUCGCUUCAGGGGACCCUUAAUGCAAGAAAGGUCUCUCACAGGGAUAUACUUUGGAGUAGAGUUGCUGGAAGAAGGUCGUGGUCAGGGCUUUACUGAUGGACAGUACCAAGGCAAGCAGCUUUUCAGAUGUGAUGAGGAUUGUGGGGUUUUUGUUGCUUUGGACAAACUGGAGCUGGUGGAAGAUGAUGACAAUGAACUGGAAAGUGACUAUGCAGCUCCAGUUGACACAAUGCAGGUAGAACUUCCUCCUCUGGAGAUCAACUCCAGGGUUUCUCUGAAGAUAGGAGAGAGUAUAGAGUAUGGCACAGUUAUAUUCUGUGAUGUCUUACCAGGAAACGAAAGUUUAGGAUACGUUGUUGGAGUGGACAUGGAUAAUCCGAUUGGAAACUGGGAUGGAAGAUAUAAUGGAAUACAGCUGUGCAGUUUUGCAAGUGUUGAAAGUACACUUCUUUUGCAUAUCAAUGAUGUUAUUCCAGAGACUGUGUCACAGGACAGGAGACCUCCCAAGCUUGCUUAUACCUCAAGAAGUGGAGACAAAGGCUUGUUCAAUCAUAGUAAGCCAAAGGCUAUAGGAUCUACCUCUGAACCUGGAAAUAGAAGCAGAUCUGAAGUCUUCUACACAUUAAAUGGCUCAUCAGUUGACUCUCAGCCUCAAACUAAAACAAAGUCCCCAUGGUAUAUGGAUGAAGCUGCUGAAGACCCUUCAAAGUCACUUACUGAUUCAUCUUCUGGAUUUGGGCAUUCUUCACCACCACUGCAGCCACCUUUAACAAACUCUGUGUCUACAGAAAACAGAUUUCACUCCCUCCCCUUUAGCUUGACAAAAACAACAAGUACUAAUGGUACUAUGGGACAUAGUCCUCUCUCUUUAUCUGUUCAGUCUGUCAUGGGUGAUGUGAAUACUACAGCUACCCAGGAGAGUCCAUCAGCAGCAAGCCCAGUUGGAAACUCACACGGUCUUGAAGCAGGUUCCUUGGCUGAAGUUAAAGAAAAUCCUCCUUUCUAUGGAGUAAUCCGCUGGAUUGGCCAGCCCCCUGGAGUAAAUGAAGUGUUAGCAGGACUGGAACUGGAAGAUGAAUGUGCAGGCUGCACGGACGGGACAUUUAAAGGAACUCGCUACUUCACGUGUGCUCCAAAGAAAGCUCUUUUUGUAAAACUCAAAAGCUGCAGGCCAGACUCCAGGUUUGCCUCACUCCAGCCUGUUUCCAACCAGAUCGAGCGCUGCAACUCUCUAGCCUUUGGAGGUUACUUAAGUGAAGUGGUAGAAGAAAACACUCCUCCAAAAAUGGAAAAAGAAGGUUUAGAGACAAUGAUUGGAAAGAAGAAAGGUAUCCAGGGUCAUUACAACUCCUGUUACCUAGACUCCACCUUAUUCUGCCUGUUUUCUUUUAGCUCUGUUUUGGACACUGUGCUACUCAGACCUAAAGAAAUUAAUGAUGUAGAGUAUUAUAGUGAGACUCAGGAGCUGCUGAGGACAGAGAUUGUGAAUCCUCUGAGAAUAUACGGAUAUGUAUGUGCUACAAAAAUAAUGAAACUGAGGAAAAUACUUGAAAAAGUUGAGGCUGCAUCAGGAUUCACUUCAGAGGAAAAAGAUCCGGAAGAAUUUUUGAAUAUUUUAUUUCACCAUAUUCUGAGAGUUGAGCCACUGUUGAAAAUAAGAUCAGCUGGUCAGAAAGUACAAGACUGUUACUUCUAUCAAAUUUUUAUGGACAAAAAUGAGAAAGUUGGAGUCCCAACAAUUCAGCAGUUACUGGAGUGGUCAUUCAUCAACAGCAACUUGAAGUUUGCAGAGGCACCCUCUUGCCUGAUUAUCCAGAUGCCCCGGUUUGGAAAAGACUUCAAAAUGUUCAAUAAAAUUUUUCCAUCCUUGGAAUUGAAUAUAACAGACUUACUUGAAGACACUCCCAGGCAGUGCCGUAUCUGCAGAGGGCUCGCUAUGUACGAGUGCAGGGAGUGUUAUGAAGACACUGAUAUUUCUGCUGGCAAAAUCAAGCAGUUCUGCAAAACAUGCAAUACACAGGUUCAUCUCCACCCCAAGAGACAGAGUCACAAAUUCAACCCGCUGUCGCUUCCGAAGGACCUGCCGGACUGGGACUGGCGGCACGGCUGCAUCCCCUCGCAGAAGAUGGAGCUGUUUGCGGUGCUGUGCAUCGAGACCAGCCACUACGUGGCCUUUGUCAAGUACGGCCGCGACGACUCCGCCUGGCUCUUCUUCGACAGCAUGGCAGACCGGGAUGGAGGUCAGAAUGGCUUUAACAUUCCACAAGUUACCCCAUGUCCAGAAGUUGGUGAAUACCUGAAGAUGUCUCUAGAGGAAUUGCACUCGCUGGAUUCCCGGAAAAUCCAAGGCUGUGCACGAAGACUGCUUUGUGAUGCUUACAUGUGCAUGUAUCAAAGUCCAACAAUGAGUUUAUACAAAUGAACCAGGAUCUCUGCAGAACUGAGGAGACAGUACAGAGUCACCCACUCUUGGGUUUGCUGCAGUUUUGGGUAGUUCAAUGCAACCGUUGCUGGCAAUGGAAGAAGUUGACUAUGACAUCCAGAGGAUUUACUGUUCCAAAAACUACAUAUGGAGUUCUGUCACUGAAGUAUUUAAGCAUUUUGCACUCUAGGAAGUGUGCUUGUGUGUGUUUGUUUUAUAAACAAAGUUAAGUUACUAAAACUUAAAAGCUUUAAGUGCAUUGAUGAUACACAGGCUUUUUUAAAAUGUUAAAGGUGGAAUUAUAUCAGGAGAAAUCUCCUUAGUCCAUUGGAAAUGUAAGGGUACAGUAUUCUAGCUCAGUGCAUUUCUGUAGACAGGGAUGAUGAUUCUCAUUUGUUUCUCUACACCCACCCUUUCUCCUCACCCUUGAUCUUUUUAGCACCAUAGAUUCUCUCUCAAAGAGAGAAUAACUUCAGUUUGAGUAAAUUUUAGACUGCUCAUUGCGUAUUAUGUUCUUAUCUACUACAUUCUUUUCAGUUCUAAAAAUUAACAUUCAUUUAAAGAUCUGAAUCCCUGUCUUGCAAAAAUCAAGCACACAGACUUGCUGUGUUGUUAACUUGCAUUUUUGGAGGGGAAAGAGAGGAAAAGAAGAAGGCAUUAAGGGGAAGCAUAAUUGCUAAAAUAUAAAAUUAACAAUGAAAAUUAACAGAUGUCUUUUUCUAAGUGUCUAUUUUUAAAGAAACAAAGCAGUCUGGAACAGAACAGCAACUGUACACAAAUGAUUCCAGGACAAAACAAUAAAAUCAUGGAUUGCCUCAGGGAAUGUUACUGAAGUGAAUUCUAGUCCUUGGUAAAUAGAACUGAAUUUUCUACAGUACAUUAAGCUACUGCCUGGGAAUGUUACACAUCUGACUCUUCAUUUCAGGAUUAGUAAUAUUAUAAAGAGAAUAUUAAAAAUCUCUGCUUGGAAAGAUGAAACUAUACAUAAAGGUAGAUCACAGUUUUACUGUAUACCAAGUACCUGAUGAAAACUAACUUGAAAAGCUGCAAAACCUGUGUUUAUGUAAAGUAUUAUACUUUGAAGUCUGUUGGUUCCUGUUUGCAAUGACAUACUGUUGUUUUAGUUGCCUUUUAGCUACUUCUGUCUACACUACUGGCAAACAUGCAACUAUAUAUAUACAGUAACAUCUGGUCGUACAAAUUGCAUCUAUAUGAACUGUACAUUUUCAACUCUUAAACUGUUUUAUAUGGAAACUUCCUUUUUGGGAUCAGGUCUAUAGAAGGGAAGAGAUAACAAAUUUAACAGAGCAAAAGCCACAUUGAAAAAG